AUGCCACCGAAUCGCAAAGUGAAGGACAAUCAAGGGAAAUAUGAAAGAUCUACGGGCGGCAAUGUCAAUAAGCCUAAGAAGCAGACUAGAGAUAAGAAAUUGAGAGCAGGCAUGAAAAAGAUUGACGAUCAGUAUAAGGAAGCAGUAUCUGCUGCUGCUGCCACACAGUACUUGCUGCCUGAAUCAGCAGGUUAUUUGGAAGCAGAAGAUGAGAUGGAAAAGACUUUUAAGGUGAAACAGGAUGAGAUAAAAGAAGGUGUGGAUGUUGGGACAGCAAAUAAAGCACUAGACCUUUCGCUCAAAGAAUUCGGUCCUUACCAUAUCAAUUACUCCAGAAAUGGUACUAGUUUACUAAUUGCCGGACGUAAAGGUCAUAUAGCGUCUAUGGAUUGGAGGAAAGGUGAUCUUCGCGCUGAGUUGAAUGUCAAUGAAACCUGUCAUGGAGCUACGUACUUGCAAAAUGACCAGUUCUUCGCGGUGGCUCAAAAAAAAUACACAUUUAUCUAUGAUCAUGAAGGUGUGGAAUUACAUCGUUUGAAGCAGCACAUAGAGGCCAGGCAUCUGCAGUUUCUGCCUUACCACUACCUAUUGGCCACAGCGGGAGAGACAGGGUGGCUCAAAUAUCAGGAUGUAUCAACUGGGCAGUUGGUUUCGGAACUUAGAACUAAAUUAGGCCCAACAACUGCCAUGACUCAAAAUCCUUGGAAUGCUAUCAUGCAUUUAGGCCACAGUAACGGUACUGUCACUCUUUGGUCGCCAUCAAUGCCACAACCACUUGUUAAACUGCUCUCUGCGAGAGGCCCCAUAACCAGUGUAGCCAUCGAUAGAGCGGGAUACAACAUGGUUACCACUGGGGCAGACAAAUCAAUGAAGAUUUGGGACAUAAGGAACUUCAAAGAGCUUCAUGUCGCGAACCUCCCAACACCAGCAUCGAAUAUCAGUAUUUCAGAUACCGGCCUCGUUGCAGUGUCGCGUGGCCCUCAUGUAACCAUUUGGAAUAAUGCUCUGAAGGCUGGAUUUGAGAAUAGACCAUUCUUUGGAUCAAUGGGUCAGAAUAAUAGAAACACACCUUACAUGUCUCAUUUAAUCCCUGGUAAUAAGAUAAACAACAUGCAAUUCGUACCAUUCGAAGAUCUUCUUGGAACGGGCCAUAAUGACGGUGUGACGAAUUUGAUCAUACCAGGUGCUGGUGAAGCUAACUACGAUGCAUUGGAGAUUAAUCCAUUCGAAACAACGAAGCAAAGACAGGAGCAAGAAGUGAGAACAUUAUUGAACAAAUUACCAGCAGACACUAUCACCUUGGAUCCAAAUGUAAUAGGUACGAUUGAGAAGAACGCUAGUAGCCGAAGACUAACCGCCAAGGAUUUGGCAGAAAUUUCCAAUGCCUCCCUCGACAAGGCUAAGUUCAACAAAGAUAUACCCAAGAUUCAACCAGAUGUUAAAGGUAAAAACUCAGGGCUACGUUCAUUCCUGCGUAAGAAGACACGUAAUGUCAUAGACGAGAGGAAGGUUAGAGUGCAGCGACAGAUGGAGAAGGAGAAAAAUACUCGUAAAAGAAAUCAUCAGAUUAAAGAAGGUCACAUUACAGAAGACCAUAAGGAUCUGGUCGAUGAAGCCCUUGAACGUUUUUCCUAA